AUGGAAACUGAAAUACAGAAUUCGAUACAGCUAAUAACUCAAGGAUUCGAGCAUCAUGAAGAGAAAAUAAAGCAUCUACUUCGAGGGUAUUCUAUUCUAAACACUCCUGUUAUUAAUGUUAUUGACAUUGGAAAUUGCUUUGAUAGUCUGGAAGAAAUUUUAUCAAUCAGACUUGUACCAGCUGCUUUUAUCAGAGGCGAGAUUGAAGUUGAUAAAGUAUUGCCCUUCCAACAACAACAGUUUUAUCAAAGCUUAGAGUCCUUGGCUUCAAGGUAUAGAGGACAGAAAACACUAGAUAUCAAUGCUUUCAGAGACAUAAUUAUUGACUAUUUAUCAAUCGAAGGGGAUGAACAAGCUAAUAAAAAGCUGGGGUAUUACCACAGAGUUGAUUACGUAUUUACUCCUACAAUGAAGCACAACUCUUCCUAUAAUCCGAUAACAGCUGAGUUAGGAGCAACUCACCCUAGAGAAGGGAUAGAGCUAGGAGAAGAAGAUGAGCUGCAGAAUAUGAUUAAUCAAGCUGAAAUGGAAGAUGAUCAAGAAAAAUUAAUGCUACUAAGAGACCUUUACACUCUUAACACAGAAUUGAGCAUUUCUAAUAACAGCCAAGAGAGGGUCAAAAUCAAGAGAAAAAUUGAUAUGCUUAAGAAAAGAAUCUAUGAGCCACGAGAAAGAUCUCCUAAACAAGAUAUCAUUAGGAAGAAAAUGGAUGAUGCCAUUGCUAAUCAAGAGAAGCAAAAGGAAAAAGAAAUAAAAGAGAUAUUUAAAUUUUAUUCAAGACAGCAUCUGAUGAUUGGCAAAAAAUCGACCUUUGAAAAUAUCCAGAAACAGAACUAGCAUACUCAAUAUGGGCGGGUUCAUCUUGUUCUGCAAGC